AAUUCUGAUCGGAAUGAAGGUGGCGGUGUGAGGGGAGCGCGGCCAGGUAUAAGAGCGUCGCCCCACCAGUGCAGGUCCUAAGUUUCGCUCUCACUCGACGCCUGCCCUCGUCCAGGUGAACACGCAUCGAUCCUCAGCCGCUCCACGCAACACACACCGCCGCUGCCAUGAGGACGUGGGUUCUGAGCGCCGUCUGCCUGCUGGCGCUGGCCGCCCUGGCCGCCGCUCUCCCGAGGCCACUCGACGACCCCAAGGAGUCGACGCCAGCGCAGCAGCAGACGGACGAUCUCAGACACAAGAGGACCAUCGGCUUCCUCAGGAGUUACUUCCCCUCGCUGACCGAGAUUUUGGACCGCAAGAUCCAGACGAUCACGCGCUUCCUGUUCCGGCUGAUCGGGCGGCUGGUGCUGGGCGGCGCCGACAACGGCGGCGGCGGCGGCGGCACCGACGCGUCCUCCUCGGGGGGCGCGGGGGCGUCGUCGUCGGGAGGCGCCGGUAACGGGCGCCGCAUCAGCAUCACGCUGCCCACGUACCCGCCGGGCCUCGACGACGAGGACGAAGAGGAGGACGAAGACGACAACGAGACCGCCGCGUCCGCCAACGACGUCGACGCCAACGCCACCUCCGCAGGGCCGGAGGAAGUGAAGAACCGCGUGGUGCGCGCUACCGCCGAGGAACCUCUGGAGGCGGAGAAGGAGGGGAAGGAGGACCAGGACGCGGCCGCCGACGACCAGGACGCGCGUGACAAACGCUUCCUCUUUGGUUUCGGCAGGCAGAGCGAGGAGGGCGGCCAGGGUAGCGGCGGCGGCUCAGGCAACUUCCUCUUCGACCUGAUCAGGGACACGGCGACGCGGACGGCCAGGGCGGCUGGCGGCUUUUACAGGAUGGUGGCCGGCACGGACGGUGAAGAGGGGGACAAGCAGGCCAUCCGCUACAGCCCGUGGCUCAACGGCAAGAAGGAUGAGGAGCCGGAGACGGCCGCGUCCCACCUCUCGCUCGGACUCAGCGGCAAGGCGUCGCUCAUCGCCGGAUCUGGCGCGACCGAAGAUGUGAACGACCACGCGACGACAGGACCCUCUGCGCCGUCCUAUUACUCGACCGGCGCCGCUGCGGCGAUCGCCGAGACCCCCGAGGUCGACGCCAAGGAGGACGGCUACACGAGCGGCAUCCCUGGCCCCAUCACGCGCCUAUUCGUCAUCGCCAACCGUGGCAUCUCCAACCUCGUCCAGGACCUCAUCCUUCGUUUGGCGCAAACCAGCGAGAGGAUAGUGAACUUCAAGGCCCGUCUGAUCACGUCCAUCAUCUAAGAAGGGAAACGAGAAGGAAAGAAAAGAGCAGUCGUCAAGUUUGUUCUCUCGAUUUAUUCGUUCGGCCGACAUGCUUCAAUCAAUCAUUUUAAAAUCGCCACUUGACACGGCUCUGUCGCGUCCAAAGGACCUGACUCAGGGCCUUUGCACUCGAAUGUGAUAUUUCUUACGUUGUUUACGACGACGGAAGGUGCGCGUUUCUUCUGUAAUUUUGCCUUUCUCCUCUCUUACUCUCUCUCUCUAUCGCUGUAUCUGUAUCUGUCUGUCUCGUGUGUGUAAAUUAUUAUUUUAUUUUCCUACCGUUUUUCGCACUGCUUUAAGAUUAUGUAUCAUUUACGUGUAUAAUACUGCUGCUGCUUAACUAAUUCUCACGCGUCUGUAGCGAGUACGAGUGUUUUCGAUGUAAGUAGACUUAAGACAGCCGCUCAACCAUGAACCAAUCGGACACAAUCAAUAAAUAGAAAAAUAAAAACUCGUGUGCUUACCCCCCGAAA